AUGUGGAUCCAGCCAGAUGAGGCAGCUCACAUGGAAGGGCUGCCAAAAGAAAGGGAGAGGAUGGUUGAAAAUGUGACUGGAGAGCUUUCAUGGUUCCUUUUUUUUUCCUUUUCUUUCCUUUUCCCAUCUGCAGUUGAAUAUGACAAGGAGUUCACGCCUCACCAGCGGCACCACAAGGAAUUCAAAUUUAAUUUGUCUCAGAUUCCUGAGGGCGAGGCCGUCACAGCCGCUGAGUUUCGGAUCUACAAGGACUGCGUUGUGGGAAGCUUUAAAAACCAAACCUUCCUUAUCAGCAUCUACCAGGUGCUGCAAGAACAUCAGAACAGGGCCUCUGACCUGUUUCUGCUGGACACGCAGGCGGUGUGGGCGUCGGAGGAGGGCUGGCUGGAGUUUGAUGUCACUGCCACCAGCAACAUGUGGGUGAUGAACCCCCAGCACAACAUGGGACUGCAGCUGAGCGUGGUGACCCGGGAUGGUUUCAGCGUAAACCCUAGAGAAGCAGGGCUGGUAGGGCGAGAUGGCCCUUAUGACAAGCAGCCUUUCAUGGUGGCCUUCUUCAAAGUGAGCGAGGUUCACCUACGCACCACUAGGUCAGCGACCAGCAGGCGCAGGCAGCAGAGCCGAAACCGCUCCACCCAGACUCAGGACGUUUCCAGGGUGUCCAGUGUCACAGAUUACAACAGCAGUGACCUAAAAACAGCGUGCAGAAAGCAUGAGCUUUACGUUAGCUUCCAAGACUUAGGAUGGCAGGACUGGAUAAUCGCUCCAAAGGGCUACGCAGCCAACUACUGUGAUGGGGAGUGCUCGUUCCCACUCAACGCCCAUAUGAACGCAACCAAUCAUGCCAUUGUACAAACUCUGGUUCAUCUUAUGAAUCCUGAUUACGUUCCCAAACCAUGCUGUGCACCUACCAAACUAAAUGCCAUAUCUGUCCUUUACUUUGAUGAUAAUUCUAAUGUAAUCCUGAAGAAAUACAGGAACAUGGUAGUAAGAGCUUGUGGAUGUCACUGACAAACAGUCUUCACACGGACUCUGUGAUGCUGCCGUGAACUUGGAUACAAGCCUCCAUGUUUUCAUGACCCUGGGAAAAAAAAACAUGUGAUGAACCACCCUUCAGAACACCAUGUAUGUGCCUUGUGGGAGGAAGGGGUGUGGGGACCAACCCCUGGGCAGGGAACAAACUGCUGGACUUCUUACAGACUGACCCUACACCAUGGUGGCUGCUUAGCUCAGCAGCAGCAGCAAAAUACACACACAUUUUAUUUGGCUGGGAUGGUCUUUAUCUCACAGAGAAGCUUAGCCUGUAGCAGGUGCUUGGAUAUGUGCUGUAGUUUUACCAGAUGAGCACUCGACACCCAAAACAAGUGAGGUCUCCUGGGGGCAGGGGGAGAGGCAGAAAAGCUAAAGAAAGUGGUGUUAGCACUUCAGACGUAGAGUAUACAUCUCGUGCAAGAUCCUUUUGGCCAGAAGGACCAGUUACUGCACCUAGACUGUUAGUCUUCUCCUGACAUCUGUCAUGACAGUAAGCAUCUAACAUUGUGCCAAAGCAGAUGUUUCUCUUAUGCUCUGAGCACUGUUUAACUCUGAUGUUGAAAGUGUAAGAUGGCUUGGCUGCACCCUGUGUUAGAAACACUACCAUGAACUCAGACCCUGGCUGGUCUUCCCAGUUCACCAUCUGACUGAGCAACACAAAGUUACAUACUUGUUCUUAUGCAACUUCCUUCCACUCCCCACGUGGAGCUGCCUCAUCUACUACCACUUGCCCAGGAAGGAAGUCAAGACACUUCUUCAGCUGUAAUUCAGACGUAAAAGUUUAAGGGCCAUUCAUUCUCUAGCUGGACAUUUUGUUUACAGGAAGACAGAAUGUCAACAACAUUUGUAAUCUUUCCCUUUCAACUCAUGCAACUAACAAACUGGUAUAAAGGAUAUGCAGCGUAGAGCCAUGGUUUGUCUAGAAGAAGCUAAUAGCAAAUUGUUUUGAUCAAUAUUAAACCUGUAUUAAAUGCACUUACCUCUACUUGCAUUUAAAAGGCUUCUUGUAAAUACAAGCUAUAAUUUAUUGCACUUGUCACUGUAUAUUCAUUGUGCUGUAUCAUUUAUAGAAAGACUGCUUUUUUAAAAAGUUUUUAUUUAGAAAAAAUCUCAGUGUAAACAAUUGUACCACUUUGAUUUUAUACAAGAAACUCAUGAGAUUGUGCUUCACUAGAAAGUUGUUAAAAACAUAAUAAAGGCUUCCUGAAAGGCAGAAGUACACAUGUCGAUCCAAUACAUCUGCCAGUACAACA